AUGGAGCUACAAUGCAAAGUACAAAAUUAUGAAUGGGGGAAGCUGGGACAGGAUAGUACAGUAGCAAAGCUAGUUGCUAGCGCUGAUUCUUCAGUUUCUAUUGAUAAUGCUAAACCCUAUGCUGAGUUAUGGAUGGGUACACAUCCAAAUGGACCAUCAAUUAUUAUAGAAAGAGACAUACCUUUGUCAGAGUAUUUAAAGACCAAUUUAGAUGCUGUUGGCCCAGAUGUAAGAAAGAAGUUUGAUGUUUUGGUGCCUUUUCUGCUUAAAGUUCUAUCAGUAAGAAAAGCAUUAUCGGUGCAAGCACAUCCUACAAAAGAACAUGCGGAGGAACUGCACAAAACCUUUCCAGAUUUGUAUAAAGAUCCCAAUCACAAACCGGAACUAGCUAUUGCACUUACACCAUUUGAGGGUCUAUGCGGUUUCAGACCUAUUUCUGAGAUCAAGGAUUUUAUUAUUAAUUUGCCAGAACUACAACAAAUUUUGUCUCAAGAUGUUGUGAACCCAAUACUUAACAGUGGAGAUGGUGACUGUACAAAGUUGCUCAAAGAUGCCUUCCAUUCUUUAAUGUCAUGUGAUAAGAACAAAAUUGUUAAUGGUCUCGAGUCUCUGCUGAAUAGAUUGCAAACUGAAGAAUCAUCAACUCAGUCAUCACUUCUUUAUUCAUUACUAAAACGGCUCCAUUCAGAUUAUCCCGGAGAUGUAGGAUGUUGGGCUCCAUAUUUCAUGAACUAUAUGCAACUGAUUCCUGGCCAAGCAAUAUUUUUGAAACCCAACCUGCCCCAUGCAUAUCUCAGUGGUGACUGCAUAGAAUGCAUGGCUUGCUCAGACAAUGUGGUUCGAGCUGGUCUCACCCCAAAGCACAUUGAUGUGGCAACACUAGUUGAUAUGUUGGACUACAACAGUUACCACCCAAGUGAAAUGUUGUUCAAUCCACAAAUAGAAGACCCAAACAGUUGUAUUUGGAGACCGCCUGUUCCAGAUUUUGCUGUUGUUAAAGUCAGGGUGGCACCCGGCGAUUCCUACAACACAAUAGUGCGACCUAGCCCUAGUAUCAUGAUAAUAAUAUCUGGGUCAGGGGAAGCCUGUGACACGGAACCGAUAUUAAUUCGCCCUGGAGUCGUUAUAUUCUUGAAGGCGAGCCGACAGCUGACUUUAACAUCCACUGAAAGCUAUAUUGAGGCAUAUCAAGCUAUUUGUAAUGUUUGA